AUGACAGAUAGAAAGGCUUGGAAUUAAAAAGAAGACAUGGCGAUUCUAUAAUUAGUUAAGUAGUAUGGGAUAAAGAAGUGGACAAUUGUGGCAGAAAAGAUGAAAGAAGUUUAUGGACUUUUCGGAAGGUCUGGAAAAUAAUGUAGAGAACGGUAUCAUAAUCAUCUUGAUCCAACAAUUAAUAAAGAGCCUUGGAGUGAAAAUGAAGAAAGAGUGAUCUUUGUCGCACACAAAGAACAUGGCAAUAAGUGGGCAGAAAUUGCGAAACUGCUACCUGGGAGAACAGAUAAUGCAAUCAAAAAUCAUUUCUACUCUACUUUAAGGAGAAGUCUUAGGAGAAUCAAUAAACUCAUUGGAGACAAGAAUAGUAAUCCGCAUGAUUAUAUAUUUAGCAAAGAAAAGGGUACCCAACAGAUCAAGGAUAUCAAGCCAGGAGUCUUGUCUAAGAUUUUUAUACUCGCAGAAAAAAACCCAUCUGAACUAAAAGAUGAUCACAUGAAGAAGUUAUGUUAGGCAUGCAAAGGAUUACAGGACUCCAUCUUAGAAUUCGCUUAAUCCAAGUAGAAAUCUCACAUUAAUCAAUUCAAUGAGGAGAAAUUCAAGCAAUUAAUUGACAAAAUUAUGGAAUUCAAUGCUCUUUACACAAAGCAAAGAGAAAGCAGAUUAAAAUUAAAGAAGAAAAACCACAAGAAGAGAAAAAGCAGAAUAGAUGAUGACGAUGACGACGAUGAUUAUACUAGUGAUUACAAAUACGAAGAAGUUAGUAAUUACGUUCCUUUGAAGAGAUCUUCUAGACUAAAUGCAAAAAAGAAAGUGGUAGAAUUUUCAUCUCAUCUAUAGCACAUUGAUAAAGAAGAUUACAUAGAUAUAUGCAUCAGAACCAAAAAAGGUCCUCUCUUCAAUAUCAUUCGUGAUGAAUUCGAAAUCCAACAGGACAAUGAAGAACAAUAGUCCUCCAACAAUUAUCAUUAACAAUACAUCUAUGAUUAUCAGGGAACCAAUAGUCCCAACAAUCAGCAAAUGACUCCAGCCUUCCCUGUUUUGACUCCCAGACAGAUAUUCUUUUAAAAACCCACUAAUCCAUAUCAUGAAGAAUUAGGCUUGCAUGAUGAUAAUAAUCCCUUGAGUAAAUCUAAUUUUGUUCCUAUUGUCAUCACCAAACCUUACACUUAAUGCAGAGAGAAAAACCUUGAUAGCAUUGCCUAGUAAUUAUAGCAAAAAAUAAAUGCCAAUGCCGAUAAAUAUAUAUAUAACUAAUAGGUCUCACAAGAUUCAGAUUUGGAAAUCAAUAUUGGAGAGGCUUUUGAAAUUUAAAAGGAUUACAAAUCCCCAACAAGUAAAUUCGGAAUUGGUGGUUACAGUCCAAGUGCAUUUAGAAAGUAUAAAAAGGAUCAGGAGACUGGUUUAGUUAACUUCAUGGUUACACCUCAUAAUUAUAAAUGA